GCCAGCUAAUGACAGAAUGUGAAGGGUUGAAUAGUUGAUUUAGUUGACUUGCAAUGACCACCAUGAAAAGGGCAUAUAGGUUGAGUACAGUAACAUGCACACGGUAAAUCUUUGCCCACCUGCUGAAUUCUUUGUGCAGCCAUGGAUACCAAACCAAACUCAGAGUUCGUGUUCUCCAUUAUUUUAUUAUGUGUAUUUCUCAAGUCCAAUGUUUACCUAGCAGCUGACACUAUCGGUGAAAACCAAUCUCUAUCUGGCCAUCAAACCAUUGUGUCUGCAGGUGGGAUUUUUGAGUUAGGUUUCUUCAAACCUGGUCAGCUUUCAAACUACUAUAUAGGCAUAUGGUACUCCAAGCAAGUAGUAUCUGAGAUGACCGUUGUUUGGGUAGCAAAUAGGGAAAUACCAGUAUCUGAUAGAUUUUCUUCGGUCUUGAGCAUCUUAGAUGGUAAUUUAGUUCUCUUGAACCAGUCCAAAACCCUGGUUUGGUCAACAAAUUUAAACUCCACCACCACUUCUGGUUCUUUACAAGCAGUUCUUUUGGAUAGUGGAAACUUUGUCUUGAGAGCGGGGUCUAGUAACAAUACAUCAGAGCCUUUAUGGCAAAGCUUUGAUCAUCCAACCCAUACUUGGCUACCAAGAGGUAGACUUGGAUUCAACAAAAUUACAAAUCAUACCCAAACUCUCACUUCAUGGAAGAAUUCGGAAAAUCCUGCACCAGGUCUUUACUCUCUUGAGCUAGCCCCGGACGAAAGCAGUUCAUAUAUCUUAUUGUGGAAUAGGUCUAAACAGUAUUGGAUCAGUGCACCAUGGAAUGAAAGUUCACAUAUUUUCAAGGUGGCUCCUGAAAAUCAAAUGUUCAAUUAUAGUUAUGUUACGAAUGAGAACGAAAGGUAUUUCACCUAUUCUCUUUACGAUCUAAAAACUGUAUCUCGAUGCUCCUUGUCUGUCUCGGGCCAGAUUCAGCAACUAACAUGGUUGGAGAAGCAGUGGACUUUGCUUUGGUCUCUACCAUUACAACAGUGUGAUGUUUAUGCUUUUUGUGGGGCUUUCUCUAGUUGCAAUCCCACAUCCUUGGACAACUGCAAAUGUUUGAAGGGCUUUGAGCCAAACCGGCAGAGUGAUUGGGACUUGCAGAUUUAUUCUGGUGGGUGUUCAAGAAGAACCAGUAUGCAGUGUGGGAAUGCUGCUAGUGCGAAUGGGACGGGUGAUGGGUUAUUGGGAGACGAGUUUCUAGAAAUACAUAGUAUUUCAUUGCCUGAAAAUAACCAAUAUGGAUACGCUCUUGGUAUCGAAAGUUGUAGAUCAGCCUGUUUAAAUGAAUGCCAUUGCACUGCUUAUGCUUAUGAAAGCAACAGUUAUUGUUCAAUAUGGCAUGGAGAUGUUUUUCUGCCAGAGCUUGUAGCAAGUGACGGUGGUGGAAGAACUUUAUACAUCAGAGCUGCAGCUUCUGACAUUAAGAAAAAACGUUUAAUUAAGCCGUCCCUUGUGAUUGCAAUUGUCACAACAGUCACAGGUUUGCUUCUUGUCAUUUUUGGCUAUUUCUUAUGGAAGAAGACAGUGGGAAAGAAAAGAGAGCAAAGGAAUAGAUAUGGUGAGACUAAAAGUAAAUUUGCUGCUGGAGGUGAAAACAACGAUGCAGAACUGCCGAUCUUUGGUUUAAGGGCUAUAAUAGCUGCUACAAACAACUUCGCUGAAGCUAAUAAACUCGGAGAGGGAGGAUUUGGCCCUGUCUACAAGGGAAUUUUGGCUGAAAAUCAAGAAGUAGCCAUAAAAAGGUUAUCAAAAAAGUCAGGUCAAGGACAACAGGAGUUCAUGAAUGAGUUAAAACUUAUUGCCAAGCUCCAACAUACCAAUCUCGUUAGGCUCUUGGGUUGCUGUCUUGAAGAGGAGGAAAUGAUAUUGAUCUACGAGUACAUGCCCAAUCGGAGCUUGGACAAACUUUUGUUUGAUGCAUCUGAAAAAAGAGAAUUAGAUUGGGGAAGACGUUUUCGAAUUAUAGAAGGCAUUGCUCAAGGAGUACUUUAUAUCCACAAGUACUCUAGAUUGAAAAUCAUCCACAGGGACCUAAAAGCAAGUAACAUACUGUUGGAUAGAGCCUUGAAUCCCAAAAUUUCAGACUUUGGAAUGGCAAGGAUUUUCGGGAUAAACCAGACUGAAGCAAAUACCAAUAGGGUUGUUGGCACAUACGGUUACAUGUCACCUGAAUAUGCAAGAUAUGGUCAUUUCUCUGAGAAAUUAGAUGUAUUCAGCUUCGGAGUGUUAUUGUUGGAGAUUGUAAGCGGAAAGAAAAAUGCUGCUUUUUAUCGCUUUGAACAUUCACCAACUCUUGCUGGAUGGGCAUGGGAGUUGUGGAAAGAAGGAAGAGGAAUGGAGGUGAUCGAUGAAUCGGUAAGGGAAACGUGCCACCUCGAUGAAGCUUUGAAGUGUAUCCAUGUAGGGUUUUUGUGUGUUCAAGAAGCUCCAGCUGAUCGACCAACAAUGUCUUCGGUAAUUCAUAUGUUGCAGGGCAAUGAAUCUACGUCUCUUCCACCUUCCAAAGAACCUACCUUUUCAACACACAGACAUUCCAAUCCUGUUCGCUCUUCUGAAAUGCCUACCAUUUUUUCUCACAACUCAGUCACCAUGAGUUUGCCAGAAGGUCGGUAGGGGUUGAAAGAACAGUGGCUAGCAAGCAGUUGAGAAAAUAGUGUAUUAAAUUAGAAAAAAAGACAUUGCGACAAAUAUGUUUAUACGAACACUUCAAGGGUUCAAUUGGAGAAAUAAAAGUCCCCUCAGCUGUGAGGUUGAGUCUCUUAGAAAGCAUACACCGAAAGAGAAAUGAAUUACUGGUGUUUGUGUUUAAUGGUUUAUGCCCAUCUAGACUAAACCUAUAAUAGCACCAGAUUAAACUUAUGUUAAAGUGUUUUUCAGCUGCAAAUAUGGGCAUAGCCAUAUUUCAAGUUAUGUUCCCACCCCA